CCGCCCCCUUCGGCUAUGAGUGGCGUCCACCAGAGCCGCUCAGCGCUGCGAUACUGACACCUGCAGCGCAUCGCCUGAGACAGGCCCGCAUGGGGAAGGCAGCAAAGGCAUGGCCCGCAAUUGGACCACAGAGACUACAUCCCCCAGUAAUUUCCUGACCUGAUUUGGAUGAAAGCGACAGAACAACUCUUAGUUCUUAGGAAGUUCACAUAACUUCACCCCAUUUUUAUAGCAUAUAUUUAUGAUAAACCUUAAACAGCCUCAGAGGUUGGGCAGGCACAAUAAAGUACAGAACCGCCAAGCCUCUUUCCUGGGAAGAGAGAUGCCCCCUCACCCUUUGUAUUAAUAGUUUGGUAGUUUGAAAUAUUUCUUCUUUUGGUGAUGAAGGAUUUUGCUAUUUUUGUUUUAAUGAGAGUCUUAAAAGCUCCCUUGUGACCUUUAUUCAAAAACUUUCACAGCUUGACAUCCCUUAAGACUUUUACUAUAAACUUCCUUACACAAACUUCACUUCCCACUAGAUCUCUCUUGGGGAGUGUUCCCAUUAUAUGCAUUCUCCUCAUCAUGGCUUUCUUCCGUCCCACUAGCUUCUCGGGUUUGCAGACUUUGGGGAAAUACCCCAUGUUUUGGCCUGUUCCAAGGCGCCAACAGCUGUUUGCUGUCAUCUUCCAUCUCCCGAACAGGAAACAUGUUAAAUGUUUCCCUUUUACUACCACUUCUCAAUCCGCAAUACCAGUGGAUCCCAAAGCAACUCAUAUGCUAUCUACUAAGACCAGAUCUAAAGGUAGAGAUGGAGAGGAAAAGGAGGGCAGGGCCAGAGGAGACACCUCUUCUCCUCAUCCUUUUUCCCUGUUCUCUGCUGGAGCUGCCAAGAGGAGAUCAAAGAACCAAGAGGAACUGCUCAUGAUAUCUAAAAAGAAUGGUAUCCGGCCCCCAGAAAAACCUUUGAGUGUGGCGGAAUGGGAAGAGCUGAGGGGAGAAUUUAAGGGAAUUAGCAAGUUUGAAGAUAUAAUGCUAGAGCAAAUGAUCAAAUGCAACAGCUCCAUAGAUGUGGCCAAGUCCUUGCUGUCUAUGGUGGCAAUGAGAAAAGGUGACAUCAGUUAUAAUUUAUUGGUCAAGUACCUGGCUGUGUGUGUCCGGCAGGAGCAGAUGGCAGAAGUUUAUGAUGUCUAUGAUAUAAUGAAAGUCAGAUUUAAGACUUUAGAAACUGGGGCUUACAGCCUUCUAAUCAAGGGGCUGAGUGGUUCCAAUCGGUGGAGAGAGGCCUUGUCGCUACUGGAAGAGAUAAAAAAAGUCAUGACCCCAUCAAAAGGGAACUAUGGAGAUUGUAUCAAAGGGGCCCUCAAUAACCAAGAAAUAAACUUGGCAUGUGAACUGUAUCAUGAAAUGCUGGCUAAGGGUUUGAUACCAAACUUGGAUACGCUGCAGGUCGUUUUUGAUACUGGCAAAUGUGUGAAGGACGAUCAGUUAAACAGUGAACUCUUAGGAAUCCUCUUGUAUCUGAGAGAAAAUCAACUAUAUCCUGGAGAAGCUCUUAUGCAGAGCAUAAAGCUAUGGUUUGAAAGCAUUCCAGGAGAGAAAUGGGAAGGACACUUAACUACCAUUAAAAAUAGCGGAAAAUGUCCAGUUUGUAACCAAAACCUGGAAGCUAUUCAUCUGAGCCAAGAAGAGUACAAUGCACUCAAGGAAAAAAUAAUAAAAGAUGUGAUCCAGGGAACUGAUACAUUCAGGAAGACAACUCCUCAGGAACUUGAAGAAUUUCAAAACUUUGUGGGAAAUCAUCCUCCGUAUGAUAUUGUGAUAGAUGGACUCAAUGUUGCUAAUGUUUCUAAGAAAAGGAACCAAUCUCAAACUCUACUUGAUGUUGUCUUCCACCUGGCACAGCAGAAUCUGCGGUUGCUCGUGCUGGGCCGCAAACACAUGCUGACUGGAUCUCAUAGCUGGAAAAGGCACAUGGUGGCUGCUAUGCAGAAGAAAGCAGACUUCUUCUUUGCUGAAAAUGUGUCAGAAGAUGACCCUUUCCUAUUGUAUGCCACUCUUCACUCAGGCAGUCAUUGUAAGUUUCUUACUAGAGACCUCCUGCGAGAUCAUAAGGCUUGUCUUCCCGACAGUCUUACUCGGCAUCUGUUCUUUAAGUGGCAGCGUGGACACCAAAUGGUGCUUUCCCACUACUGGCCAGGAAAGAGAAUAAAAUUUCAGCCUAUUCUCACUUACGACACAGUGGUACAGACUACUGGUGACACUUGGCAUAUUCCCUAUGAUGACCAGCUGGUGGAAAGAUAUUCCUAUGAAGUGCCAACAAAAUGGCUUUGCCUUCAACGGAAAUAAUAAAGAAUGCAGUUUUACAAACUAAAACUACAAUUGUUUGCCACUGUUGCUAACAGGCAGAAUCCAGUGAUCAUGCACAGUCAUGGGAUUAAUACACCAAAUAUGAAUCCUGCAGCUGACUAAAUGUUCAGUAAACAUAGUUCACCAAAUUCAUAUCUGCUGUAACUCCAUUGAAGUCAGAGUUCAUUUUGCCCUGUAGUAAAUAAGAGAUUUGUUGUAGCACCAUUUAUUAAGAUUUUAUUGGGAUGAGGUGAUGAAGGGAUUGAGCACUAGGAUGGUCCAUAGAUCCUCCUAAUAAAUUUUAGCUUCUAAAUUUCCAAAGAUAUAAAAUCUUGAACUUCUUUCUUAGUUAAAAUAAUAGUUUGUUUUUUACAUAAAAAUUGAUCAUAUUAGGGACUUCACUGUGGGCAAUAAUAUGACACAGCUGAAUUUUGUAUAGCCUCUCAGAAACUUGAGUUAAUUAGAA